AAACCCCCAAUGGCUCCUCAACCAAACCCUAAUUCAAUUUCUUUCCAAUUUCUCGAAUGUCCGAAUCGAAUCGUAUCUGUAUUUCGGGCAAACAGGACACUACCUUUCUUAUAUUUCCAGACUGGGAUCGUUCGAGCUCCAAGAGUCAUUAAUGGCUGAUGGAGACUUCCGCCAUUAAAUGUCGAGAAAUACCAUUACCGAGCUGUUAAGCAAUCAGCAGAUUCGGACAUAAUCGAUUUGUUGUUGUCUGAGAAAAAUGGUGGAGCAGAUGAGGACGAAGAUGGAAGAGAAAGGAGGAGCUGUUAGCGGAAGGACUAAAGCUGAAGGUCCUCUGUUUUCCUGGCCAUGGCAGAAUUUGGAUAACUUCAAGUAUUUGCUGUACGGACCGUUGGUCGGGAAAUCCAUCCACGCCAUUUACACCAUGGAAAUUCUCAACCACGAAUCUAUUUGGUACUUACAUAUUCUCAUCGUAUUAGGGCUUCGAGCAUUGAUUCAUCAGCUAUGGAGCACUUACAGCAACAUGCUUUUCCUCAAUCGAGCCCAACGGAUCGACGACCGCGGCGUCGAGUUCGGACAAAUCGAUGCCGAAUGGCAUUGGGACAAUUUCCUGAUCCUACAAUCCAUUUUGGGAUCCCUUUUGUGCUUGAGCUUCCCUUCCUUGGCUAAUCUUCCGAUGUGGGACGCUAAAGGCGCGAUUUUCUGCGUAAUUCUUCACGUCGCGAUCGCCGAGCCAUUGUACUAUUGGAUUCACCGAUUAUUGCAUUCCCCGCCGCUGUUUUGGCGCUACCAUUGGCUUCAUCACAGCUCCGAAGUGUUGCAUCCCUUCACAGCGGGGCAUUUGUCGUUCUUCGAGCAUUUAUUGCUCGGCGUCGUCGUGGGAAUCCCGACUUUGGGGACUGCCUGCAUUGGCUACGGAUCGAUCGCCGUUAUUUACGGCUAUUUGUUGGUCUUUGAUUUUCUAAGAUGUAUGGGGCAUUGCAAUGUCGAAGUGGUUCCUUUUCGCCUGUUCGAUGCGCUCCCGAUUCUUCGAUACGUCAUAUAUACGCCGACGUACCAUAGUCUUCACCAUAAGAAUGCGGCGACGAAUUUUUGCCUCUUCAUGCCGUUGUUCGACAAAAUUUGGGGAACGAUCGACGCGGGUUCUUGGAAGCUUCACGAGGAGAUAAGCUCGCGGACGAAGAGCAGAGUCCCCGACUUCGUGUUCCUCGCGCACGUCGUGGAUAUAAUGUCGGCGAUGCACGCGUCGUUUUUGUUCCGCUCAUUUAGCUCAAUCCCUUUUCGGGUGAAGCCGUUCUUGUUUCCGAUGUGGCCGUACACUUUCAUGGUGAUGCUUGUGAUGUGGGCGCGGUCGAAAACCUUCUUGUUCGGGUUUUACUAUCUCCGCGGUCGACUCCACCAGACAUGGGCCGUGCCGCGAUUCGGUUUUCAGUAUUUUCUACCGUUCGCUGCCGAGGGAAUAAACAACCAAAUCGAAGACGCAAUUUUGACGGCCGAUAAGCUCGGCGUCAAGGUCAUUAGCCUUGCAGCAUUGAACAAGAACGAAGGGCUUAAUGGCGGUGGGAUUCGCUUCACCGAGAAGCAUCCGAACCUUCGAGUUCGAGUGGUGCACGGAAACACCCUAACGGCCGCCGUGAUCUUACAAGAGAUUCCCAGGGAUGUCGACGAGGUUUUCUUGACCGGAGCAACGUCGAAGCUCGGUAGAGCCAUCGCACUCUACCUCGCGCGCAGCAAGGUUAAAGUGCUCAUGCUGACAUUAUCGAAGGAUCGAUUCUUAAAGAUUCAAAAAGAGGCGCCGAUCGAGUGCCAGAAGUAUUUAGUUCAAGCUACAAAGUAUGAAGCAGCUAAGCACUGCAAGACAUGGAUCAUCGGAAAGUGGGCGACGCCUCGGGAGCAAUACUACGCUCCGUCGGGGACUCAUUUUCAUCAAUUCGUCGUGCCACCAGUGAUUCCAUUCCGAAGAGAUUGUACUUAUGGAAAACUUGCCGCGAUGAAGCUCCCCGAUGAUGUCGAAGGGCUCGGCUCAUGCGAGUAUACGAUGGAGAGAGGGGUGGUGCACGCGUGCCACGCGGGCGGGGUGGUUCAUUUGCUUGAGGGAUGGAAGCACCACGAGGUCGGGGCGAUCAAUGUGGAUCAAAUCGACGUUGUGUGGAAAGCUGCGCUUAAACAUGGGCUGAAGCCGGCGUAGGUUUGUCGGAGACAUAUGUAUAGUUCUUUGGAGUUGCGAUGAUGUAUUGUGUCGUGAUGUCUUGUGUGUUGUUCUUACGACAUGUGCGUAUGCUAACAAUUGAUUCAACGGCGAGCAUACAUGCGUCGUGUGUAUCGUAUGUAUGUAAAACAACCUUCCUUAAUGUUGUCGAAUAAUUUUAUUA